AUUAAAACAGUUUUCUGCUCUAAGAACAAAGAAACUUGCAUGCUGGCUUUUCAGAACUAAGAUAAGCAAUUGGUGGCGGUUGGGGUAAUGCAUAAUCACGCAUCAAACACCAACUUAUAUUUCACUUCCGUCAGAGGGAAGGAGCACAUUAACAGGAACCAGAGGACAAAACGUCAACAGCUGGUGAGGGAACAGUCAGGUGGUGUCUUUCAGCUUUCAAAGGUUUCACUCUGAAGAAUGGAAGUUUUCAACUUUACCAACACCUCACAGGACAUCUACAAUAACAGCAACAUGACCACUGACUGCAAUAAAAACAGCACACGUGAUGACGAGUAUCAGAGAAAAGUCAAGUUCACCAUGUUUGUGGUAGAAUGCAUAAUCAUUUCUGUUGGCCUUCCUCUGACCCUCGUGGCCAUCUACGCUCUUCGUUCUAUGGUGCGAGGUAAUCAUGUUGCUCCAAUCUACGUCAUCAACCUUCUCAUCUCGGACCUCAUUCAGUUCUUCUGCAUGAUCGCUGAGAUGGCAACACAGAUGAGGCCUGACAUUAAAGUAUUUUUUCAUGUUUUAAGUGGUUGGGCCAGUGUUGGCUUCAUGGUGUGUAUCGCCCUGGAAAGGUAUUUAGUCAUUGCCUUUCCACUGUGGUACCGCUUCAGACGAACCAUCAAGAUCUCUGUGGUGGUCUCUGUGGCGGUCUGGGUCAUUACUCUUGCCUUUGUCCUCCCGUUAAGUUUCUGGGUUAGUGAGACAGUCUGGAAAAUCUCCAUUGGUGUCUUCUUCCUCCUUCCUUUCCCACUGUUGAUUUUCUUCCUGGGUGGGACCAUCAAAGCUCUGUCUGCCAGCCGUGUUUCCUCUGAUGAAAAACGACGAAUUGUUGGAGUUUUGGUUCUGGUGCUGCUUAUUUACACGCUGCUGUUCCUGCCCACUGUAAUUUCCUUCCUGGCAAAGACAUUCGCCUUGGGUGACUGGACCCUCUGGUACCUGUCAUACGCAUUUCGGCGGGUGAGUCCUCUUGCAGACUUACUUCUAUAUAUCUUCAUGAGGAAAGGGAUCAUAGACAAACUUUUGGUUGUUGUGUGUUGUUGCAGAAUGAGCAGCAAUUAUAGCAGCAGAAUAGACAGCAAUGACAUUUGCAGUUCAUCAGUAUGAAUAAUGAUAACAACAAUAACAACUACAGUCAGCUUUACAUAGGCAGCGAAAGAGAGAGAUCCACAUUCACAAAUAAAAAAAAGGAAGAUUUCUGUCACUUUAUAAUGAUGUCAGCACAUUUAUCACUCAACAUGUUGACUCUGAAUGUUGCCUUGCUUCAACUGUACUGAUUAGUCCUCUGCUAUAGAUUUUGACUUCAAUGUAAACAACUUUAUCAGCAUUUUUAGUCUUUGACUAAAGAGUAAAACUAUUUUCUUCUCUAGAAAAAUCAUUUAAAUAUUAAUUGUAUCUGCCUGAUUCAGUAUUUUGUGUUCAACAGCUUGUAGUGAUGUCACUGUGAUGUCACCACAAAAUCCCUGACUGUUGUUUUGUUCUCAGUGUUAAAUAAAGUUUUAAAACAAGGAAACCUGCUCAUAAUUCCAGUGUGCAGUGGUAGAGGAAGUGUUCAGCAGCAGUGGGUCAAAAUCCUGCACUGAAGUCUUACUAC